UCUAUUUAUAGUGACUGGGAUGAUUUAGUAUCAUCCCAAAGCUGAUGGGCAGUGUGCUCUUGUCCCAAAUCAAAAUACAGACGGUCAAAUGUUGAAAAGAGCUUAGAUUUCACACCAAAUUUUAUCUCGUGACAUCUGCUUGGAGAUUAACAUGGAGAGACGUGUACCCACGGGCUGAUUACAUUGAUAUCUACAUGUCCCAGAGUCCUAAAGAAGACUCAACUUUGUGUGAUGACAUGUGCAAGCAAUUUAUCUAGCCUACAUAAGGUGGAAGUGGUUAAAGCCACUCCAGCCUUGUUUCUGGCAACAACAGUGGCCCAACGGUGGUGACGUAUCUGUAAGCCAUGUUUUUCAACCUGACCCUGGAGGGAUGAAGUCAAGCUAUGAUUGACAUUUAGAGGAAGGAAGCUAAGUUGGUGGUGCCUUGACAGCUGUACCCUUCAAGUUCAACAGUCAAAUAUUCUGUUGCCUUUCGUUUCAGCCUGAAGGGAGGACAAACAGGAAGAAGGCAGGCCAGUUAUUGGCAGCGGUCGAGUAUAUGCAAAGCAACUUGGUCCUGCUUCAACCUUGCUUAGGCUACAUACACAUGUAGCUUAUCUUAAAGGUAAGCAAACAUUAGAGUGGAAUUCAUAUGAAAGGUGCUGUUUGAGGACAAGAAUCCUUUCCAUAUGCCACUUGCAUCCUUGAGGAAGGUCUAUAAGAACACAGACAUGGCUGAGGUUGGCAGGAAGACACCUUACUUUCUCCUGCUGUCACUUCUGUGUUUUGAAGUGCUGCCUGUCUUCAGCGACUCGCUGACUGACAGGGACUGGGUGUGGACAGCAGGGACAGCUCAGAGCCAGGACACAAUCAGGUACAAGGUCGCAAACGGCGAUGAUGUCACGUUUCCCUCGUCCAAUGAGAACGCUGGAACAGAAAGUUGGCAGAAGGAUGCUAUGUCUGGCCUACUUUUUGAGAACCAAGAUGAAGAGGUAAGAAAUGGUGAUAGCUCUGCCAGAGAAGAGAUAAAAAGAGACAUGAAACAAGCUCCAGUGAGCUCCAUGCCAGAGGAUGCAGAGCCAAAAGUGUAUGCUAAUCAGGACGAUUCUUCUGCCAAACUGGUAAAACUGCGUCAUUCCGUGGAACUAGCCGAUGACCCAGACAGCCAGAGAAGUAUGGCGAUAAAGGAACAGCAGUGUCGGUGCCCGACGUCAGGUCUUUUCCAGAACAAUGUUCACGCUGACAACGAAAGGCUGCUGAGUGAGAUCAUCAGGAGUAACGAGAACAGACUGAGAAAGCUCGUUAGGAAACAGAAAGUGCAUAAACAGGAGUAUGAGGCAAGGCUGGAGCAACUGCUGGAAAGGGCCAGAAGGAACACUCGUCGCCAUGGCAACGAAUUGACAGGACGAGACAACAGGAGGGGAGGCUGGCGGAAGAGUCCAUCGCAAGAGAGGGAGGACAAUGAGAUCAACCUCAUCGGACCUGGCACAUUGUUCGAAGAAAUUAUGCUAAUGAAGCCAGGCCUGAACAUCACCCUGCACCUGCUCAUGUUGGAACUUCAGGCCGAGGAAAACCGUUACCAAGUCUCCAACCAACAGAAAAUGCUGAAUAUGCAUGAUGACAAGAUUCUUCAACUCAGCAUCAGAAAUAGUCAGCAGGGUAUCAUCAUGAGUAAACAGAUCCGUGCCAUGAAGAUGCUACAGGACAGGGCUAACCAGAUGGAGCAGGAACUACAGAACAUGAACAAGAUGGUGAAGGAUGCUGACAAACUGGAUGAAGAGCUGAAUGACUACAAAGUGAUCCUUGGAAAGUUGCAGUUAAAGGUGGAACAGAAGUCCCUCUUUAUCAACCACUACACAGGCAAAAUCUCCCGGUUACAGAACAGACUGGAGACCAUGACACGGGAUUACUCCAUCAGAUAUCAUGAUCGUGUAAAGGACUGCACGUCGCUCUACUCGCGGGGGUACACGACCACUCACGUCUACACGGUCCCUGCGUACCAGGACACCUUCAUCAAUAUCCCUCCGUCGCAGUUGUACUGUGACAUGGGUGAGGGGGGCGGUUGGACCGUCAUCCAGCGGCGCUUUGACGGGUCCGUCCUGUUCAAUCGGACCUGGGACGAGUACCGAGACGGCUUCGGCACGUGGGAUGGAGAAUUCUACCUCGGCAACGAGAAAAUCCACAAGCUAACAAAUAUGAACAAGUACAUGGUGCGGUUUGUGGUGACGGACUGGAAGGGGGAGGUCCGCUGGGCAGAGUACGACCACUUCCGGAUCGAAAACGAAAGCACCAACUACCGAGCGCACGUGGGGAGAGUCUCAAGUGAUCAUGAACAUGGAGGACAAUUCAUCAUGGACGAUGCGCAGUUCUCAACCUUUGACAAAGACAACGACUCCUACGAGGACGGCAACUGCGCGAAGGAGAUGGCGAGCGCAGGCUGGUUCUCCAACUGCGGCAUCUCCUGCAACUGGAACGGGCGCUACUACAAAACUGGUCGGUACGAGAUCUCCGGCGCUGCCGACGGGAUGUGGUGGUGGAACUGGCACGGAGUGUCGUACUCCCUCAAGGCCAUCACCGUCAAAAUACGCCCGGUGGACUUUUGACGGCCGACAUAACUAACAAACGUACGAGAUCAUCUUUUAGUAUCCUGUUGGUGCCCUUCUAAGUACCUCAGUUGCGGAGAUACAUACUGUAGUGUGUUGUUGAUUCAGAACAAUUCCAAGAAUAGAAGACUUCAUUUCUAAUUUUAAAGGUUAAUCAGGGAAAAGGCCUCAGUUUGAUGACGUGAAAAGUGCAAAAUACGGGAAAAGGUGGCUUAUGACGAGAACACUUUUCUUGAUAAGUCACUAUCAAUUUCAAUACGGCAAAACACUAAUCGCAUUUUAACACGGUGCCUCCAGAGUAGAUUUCGUAUAACCAGCAAAUGUACCAUUGUACAUGUAUGAUUGAAUCAUUACCUCUGUAGAUGACAUCUGAUGUACAGUAAUUUAGGCUAAAUGGUGCGAUAAAACUCUUCCAAGCUCUAGGUAACUCCAACGGGUAGUAUGGUAUCCAAACUAACAUUCGAUGGAGUUGUAGAUAUCGACGUUUAUUAUACCCACUCUUAUGGCACGCUCUAAGAACAUGUAUCUCACGAUUUUAAAGCUAAAAUAAAUAUUGUUUUGUACUUGUGAUGUUACGCAAACAUGUAUUGAAUUUGAUAGUAAUACAAACGAAUUAUACCAUAAUGGGAUGUAUAUGGCACGAAAAUAGGUAGAAGCAGAUAUUCCACAGUAAAACUUUUCCUGUUCAUCUG